AACCUUUUGCGUAUCCCCAUAGAUAUCGAGUGUCUUUAGCCCGUCGGGUCGGGUAUUCUCCUGCGGAUUGCGGAUGAAUCACCUCAUCGAUCAUUGAGUUUAUGAACGUCCUUAAACGGAUCUAGCUUGUCUUUUGCCGUUUAGCAUCAGCGGUGACCCGCCUUUACAAACAUUGCUUUUGACUCUCAGCUGUCAAAAAAGGGUUUCAAGUGAAGGUUGAGCGCGUGGUGAACUUUUCGUGGUGAACAUGGCUGUGCCAAACCCGCGUGGUCGUUGCAUGGCAACAGAGGGACAAGAUGCGUCGGGCUUGGAAUUUCUCUUUGCACCACCAACAAACGAGAUCUUUGCUGGCAAUGCCUUGCGUACGACAGAUAUAGCGACUCCACAACGCAUUACUAUUGUGUGUUAAACACCAUGUCGCAACCGCUCGCUCUCAACAGACUUCCCCUUCCUUUGGAUCCUGUGCCUCCCAUAACACGACCAGCUGAUUGGCCACCAGAAUGGGUCCCACUGAGUGGCAUAUCAGAAGCCUCUCGGCGAGUCCCCGUUUCUCUUCUUGAGCAGCCUGCUGCAGGCCAGGACGCGCAACUCGUUGUCGUUUUGGACAAGUCGGUAUAUACAGCUCUGUUGAAUCAAGCCUAUAGCGAUACACGAUAUGAUGUCACUGGAUUCUUGGGUGGAAGUUGGAUACCAAUGAAGGUACCAAGACCUAGAGGGAAGGGCCAUCAGUGGAAAGUUGUCUGCCACGUUUCCAGUUUCUUUGCUGCCGAACGACAAGUGCUAGAACUGCUCCAAGGAAAAGUUGUAGAAGAUCCAGUAUCAAUUAAACAAGCAGUUGCAAAGUUUCACGAAUCGGAUCUGGAAUGUGUUGGAUGGUAUAGGAGCAAUGAUCCAUCCCGACCCUUGCAACCAACGUGCCAAGACAUUACAAAGCAAGCAUUUCUUCAGACGUUGAUUCCAGAAGGCAUUGGUCUACUGGUCUCAGUUGCUUCAUCAAACAAUCCGAAUCGUCUCUUACCAAAUAUUCUCCGUGCGGCUCCGGGUGAACCCCUGAAAGCACCAAUACACGCCAUCGUCGCUUACAGAGCUGGUCUCCAAACAAGCGAAGGUAUCCUCAAGACUGACGAAAUAUAUCCUCCCUAUCCUGAAGACAACCCGGUCCCCUUCUACAGAGAUCUCGUUUAUCACUCUGAUCUCACCGGAAUGCGGAUACCCGUGGGAAUCAGAGAACAGGGAUAUAUGAACGGAAAUGUGUUACGAGAAAUCCAUCGAUCUCUGCAAAUGGCCCUGAACGAAUCUAGACAAGUGUACCUUGGACAGGCAUCUGCGUGUGGCGUCGACUCUGCACGACGGAUGUUUCUCGAUUCAGACUAUGACCGGUUUCUAAUGGAUUUCUGGCGACAUAGCGUAAUUGGUGCAUCUAACGCAUUGGAUCAAGAGUCGCAUAUAGUUAUAGCCCGGACGUUGUGGCUCCAGCAAAAAAUUGCAACGAGAAUGAAGCAGCUGAAAGUUUGGUAUGAUGAGGCGGUCGAAGAGCGGGUUGCAAAGGCUCCAAAACGACCAAGAAGUACUGAUGAUAGCGAAUUCGAUCAGGAUGCGAUGGAUGUGGAUGAGAAGGAGACUUCAGAUACUGUUUCGGCUAUUGAAUCUUUUGAUGAUGUAAUAUCUCAACUCCGUGACCGAGAAGCAACGCAGUCGAGUCCAAACGAUACUGAAAAACCGCGUGGAGAUGAUCCCGAAUUUGUCUUGUCUGUACGAGAGAUUGUAUCCUCUCUUGAGGACAUGCCGUCCGAAUUUCCGUUUAAGAUUCCCCGUUUACAACCACCCGCGUCAAGGUUGAGGGAGCUGGCCAUUUUCGAGGAGGAGUAUGAUGCGGUUAAAGACAAGCAGAAGAAGAGAGCCGCUGGACGGAAAGGAGCACAAACAAGGAAAAGUCGAAUACAAAAAGAAAAGGAGAAGACAGCUGCUGGGGGAACUGCUGCGAUGCCGCGGUUGGUGGGAAAGGAGAAAGGGAAAGGAAAAUCUGACGAUGCAAAUGGAUUGCUGGGAGAAGACACUCUUGUGCAGCGAAGGCGGCAAGGAAGCGGAGUGGCAGCUCUCGGCGGUGUGGAGGAAAAUGUGAGCCGACAGGACGCUGCCAUGUCGUUGAUAUCGUUGGGACUCUCAGGCAUGGAAGAGGUUGGUAUUCCAACGGUGGAGACUGAAGGUGCACGUUUAUCGUCGGUAGCGUUGGACGCUACGGAACUAGGACAACCGCCUGGUGCUGGAAAACCGGGUCUUCACAGUUUGUUAAGCCGAUCCGUUGAACUUUUACAGCAGGGCGCGACACAUUUGAGACCAUCCGAAGCAGAGAGUCACACAAGGCAAGCAUCCGGUACCAGCAGAAGUCGUCGGCCAAGCAAACAAGGACUUGAAAAGCUCGAAAGCACUGGACGGACCGGCGGUAGCACGACGUCGGGUGCGUCGGGAGCUGGCAUCAGCCCGACAACCUCUGAUCAUGCUUACAGCAGCCGGCCAUCGCAGCAUUCGCACCCAUCAGCUUACAUGCACCCGACUCAGCAAUUUGGGGGAGUCAUGUCAAACACAAUAGGCCCUCUGACGUUGCUGACACACAUGCAAGGACAGCACUUGGGAUUCACUACAAUGGGUACGCCGCCAUCGAAUUCUGUGCCGGUUGCUUCAACAGCAAAUGGGACGAGAAGCACUCCUGGUACGGUGACCACUUCGGCUUCACCCCAAGCUUCUGGUAAUUUUCCUGGUCGCCUGACGACCGGCCCUGGGAAUAACUAUCCUGGCAGUGCGCCAAGCACCCCCACGCCUUAUUUGAACAGUUAUAUUGCACAACGAAGAGCGAGUCUUGGUGGAUUUGGGCAACCUUCUGGGCAACCUCAUCGGGCAUCAACUCCUACUGGACAAGAAGGUCCUGGACCGUUGCAAGGCAUGCCUCCUCGAGGAUAUGUGACGCGGUAUGGUCCUGUUAUCCCUGGUUAUACAACCUACGUAACCUCUGCAUCCGUGCCUGUUGCGACCGGUGCUGGAAGUGGCCAAGUCCAUUAUGUCCCAGUGUCCAUAGCACCGUCUCAGCAGCAGCAGCAACAGUCACAACAGCAGCCACCGCCGAGUAGUCGCCCGUCAGAAUCAACACGAGACGAUCAACGACGUCCGUCAUCGUCGUUGUAUGAUCGACAGGUCGGAUACGUUGUUCCGGCGCGGUAUGCUAACCAGCCAACUGCCGGUCAAAUUUUUGCCCAACAUCAACACCACCCCCAUCAACCACAACCCCAACCGCAUUCCUUUUCGCCCAUGCUGCCAAUUGGAUACUCACCCCAUGUGCCAAGAGACCCGUACCGACCGUCAACCCCUUCUGCUUCCUCCAGCCAUCAUCACGACGUGGAGCGCGAACGGUCGAGGUCUAGAGAACGCGCUCAAGAGCGAGCGUCGUCUGUUCCGCCGUCUAUGACAGCAUCUCAGAAUCCGCCGCGGGCAGCGUCUCCUCAGGUCGGUGGCCCUCCUGGGUUGGAUGAUCGAGUAACACUGCCCAGUUUUAGACAUUUCAUGAAUGAACUUGAGGGAUGGACUGGGGUGGGUCAGAGGGGGGAGAGAGAGGGGAGAAAGAGGGAGGAAGGGGAGAAGGGUGAAUAAAAGUUACUGUGUUGUGUAUAAUGACGGAUUGAAAAUGAUUAUGCUGCUUGGGUUCCGUUCCGU